GCGAACUAUUUUUCCAAAAAAGGUCCUCACCGUUGUACUACCGUUGUACUCGAGCGUUCGAGAAAGGGGGUAGUGCAGUCAUACCCUAAGAGCAUUCUGACACUGGGAGCUCUUCACGUGAAUCUGCCCGCCAUUUCGAAGAGGGUGUCGCCGGAAGAGUUCUGAAGGCAAUACAGACGACUCUGAAGGAGGAGGGCAAGCAUGGGGAUAGCAGAGGCGAGUUAGAUUUGUUGAGUGCGUCGUGGGCGCGCGAGAGCUGUUGAAAGCACAACCGAACGGUAGUGGAGGAAGGAGGGAGGUGGUGGAAAAUAGGAUUUUGAGCUAUGGUGCGUGCUUCUGUGGCUGCGGUUAAGACGAGCUUGGCGACAGCAACACAGAGCUUUGGCGGGAAUGAUGGCGUCUUCUCCGAUGGGAAUCGACUGGAGGAGGGGAGGUCAUCGGGAUCGCGGUCUUACUUUCCGUUUAUCAAGCGCGAGGGAGGGAUGGGCCAGAGGUCUGCCUCCCGACGUACCCUUUCUGCGUCGAUAUCCACGCAUCAACAGACGGAACAAGGUGAGAAAGGAUCGGGAUCGUGUGCCGGUUUGAAGCAUCCGCUGGGACGGCGAUCUGACAAUGCCAGGAAGCCAUUCGUUCGAGUCAAAAUUCAGAGUUGGGUGGCCAGUUUUGGUGGCCAAAUUGGACGAGUUACAGCAGCGGCAGCGGGAGGACGACGAAUAGGAGGAGGAGGAGGAGGAGGAGGAGGAGGAGGAAGAGUGCUCUGCAGUGAACUCAAGUCGAGCUGUUGUGCGCUAAGUAGCCGUAAUGGAGUUGGUGCGUUCGGCACCGCCCAUAGCGACCGUGGGUCCGUGCCGCCUUGUCACAAGAACGAGGAAGAAACACGACAAAGACGAUCCGACGAAAGAAGGAGAAGCUAUGGUGGGGAUGUUUCUGUCCGCGCUAGUGCGACGGAGGUUGCAGAGGCCGCAAUGCCUGGCAAAAUCGCGGAACUGCGAGAGGUCAUCGAGCUCCUUUUGCAGCGUGAAAACUUGACGGAACAGCAGGCGCAGGACACGAUGGAGGGGCUACUUGCAGGGGCAGAGCCAGCACAGAUGUCGGCAUUCCUUGUCUUGCUCAGGGCAAAGGGUGAAACUCCUGAGGAGGUUUCUGGGUUGGCGAAAGCCAUGCGUCAGCAUUGCAUUCCGGUUGCAGCUCGAGAUGACACACUGGAUAUCGUUGGAACGGGCGGUGAUGGUGCCAACACUGUCAACAUUUCCACUGGGGCAUGUGUUUUAGCUGCUGCUUGCGGAGCAAAAGUGGCAAAGUGCCACGUCAGCAACAUGACGGGCCUGCCAGGCCAACUGCCCAACGAGUCCCUUGCAGCCUACAAGCAGCGGUUCGAGGCUCAGAUAGAGGCUGAGGAACAAUGCCAGCUGGCAGCCGAGGCUGCCCGCGUACAGGUUGAAGAGGCAGCAGCAGCAGAACAACUGCAGCUACAGGACGAUGCAGACGCAGAUGCCCAGGCUCGCAGCAAGGAAGCCCAGGAUCUGCUCCAACGGCAUGAAGCCAACAGCAUCGACAGACUCAAGUACUGGCAUUUUGAACCGAACGACGACGAGGCAACACCGGAAGAGAAGCACAAGGAGUUCCUCUCCAAACUCGUGACGCGGUUGUUGUAUGCUUGUAACUACCAACGGUCAGAGUUGGAGAGACAGUACCAGGACCUGACACAACAGCAUCAGGAGUUGGCACAGCUCCGCCGCAUGGUGCAGAGCCACGAGGAUGCAACUGGGGCACUCAAUGCCCGAUUGUUGGACCUGGAACAGGCUGUACCAGGACCAGCUGCUGGGGCUUCCAGCAGUGCACCCUCUAGUCGCCAACUGAAGGACCGCGUUGACCACGUAGUGGCAAUGCUCGGCGACAUCAGCACUUUCGCUGCGCCGACCACCACCAUCAGCAGUCAGAUGCAUACAUUGAAGACCGAGGUCCAGCAGCUGCAGACAACGAACGCGGAUGGCAACCCGAAGAUGCAUAAGAUGCCAACUUUCAAUCUGGAGAGGUUCGACGACUACACGCAGCAGGAUCCGGUCCUCUGACGAUCAGGAACGCCGACCCUCUCCCACGCAUCGAAUUUUUUCGAGCGAUUGGGCCGCGCCCAGUUCUUCUCUAAGCUGGAUCUCAAGUCAGGGUACCACCAACUCGAGAUUCGCAAGGAGGAUCGCUACAAGACCGCGUUCAAGACACGGUAUGGGCAUUUCGAAUGGCUGGUUAUGCCAUUUGGCCUUACGAAUGCCCCAACCACUUUCCAAGCGGCUAUGACGACGGAGUUCCGACACAUGCUGGAUCGUUUUGUACUUAUCUACCUCGACGACAUUUUGGUUUACAGUCGGAGUUUGGACGAGCAUGUGGAACACCUGCGCACCGUUUUGGAGCGGCUACAACAGGCCAAGUACAAAGCAAAUGGCGACAAGUGCGAGUUCGCACAGCAAGAGCUGGAGUACUUGGGACGCUAUGUGAUGCCGCAAGGCAUCCGUCCGCUUGCGGACAAGAUCGAGGCCCUACGAGUAUGGCCCAAGCCCACCAACACCACGAACGUUCGUUCAUUCAUGGGGAUGGCAGGCUACUAUCAGCGAUUCAUCAGCGGACACUCCAGGAUUGCUGCACCUAUGACGAGGUUACAGUCGCCAAAGGUGCCAUUCGUAUUCGAUGACGACGCACGCCGGUCAUUCCAAGCACUUAAGACGGCUAUGCGCAUGGCAAUUGUCCUUAGCAUCUAUGACCCCACCCUGCCGACGCGAGUGACUACGGACGCUUCCGACUAUGGCAUUGGGGCAGUCUUGGAACAGCACGGCGGCGACGACUGGCAGCCUGUGGAGUAUUUCAGCCACAAAGUGCCUCCCAUCAACUCGCUUGAUGAUGCRAGGAAGAAGGAGCUGCUCGCAUUUGUGAUGGCUCUCAAGCGCUGGCGGCACUUCCUCCUUGGGCGUCGUAGGUUCACAUGGGUCACAGACAACAAUCCAUUGACCUACUACAAGUCGCAGGACACGCACGGUGGAUGGAAAGGCCGGAUCUUCGCUGACCUUCUCCUCCCUCGACCAGCCGACAUUGAUGCUGCCUGCUCUCCCGCUUCCGUCCGGAAGUACAGGGAAUUGCUGACUCAAGCCCGCGCAAAUAUUCAAAAGGCUCAAGUCCGCAUGCAGCAGCAAGCCAACAUGCGUCGCGUACCAUGUCCCAUCCGCGCCGGUGAUCUGGUUUGGGUCUCCGCGGAAGAGUUUGCACUGGAACAGGAUGUYUCACGCAAACUGCUUCCCAAGUGGUUUGGACCUUGGUCUGUGACAGCAGCCGCGGGUGAUGAGCCCGAUGGCCCUUCAUUUGUGAUCAACAUUCCAGAGCAUCUGACAGUCCAUCCGGUCUUCCACGCCUCGAAGCUGGCAACAUACACGUCAGCCAAGAGCGACGACUUUCCGGACCGACGAUCGCAGGACCCUCCUUCUAUGGAUGGCCAUCAGGAAGUUGACCGUGUCAUCUCCGAUCGCAAGUACAGCAGCAAGCCGCGGCAGUACAAAGUCACAUUCAAAGCAUGCGAUCGCGACGACACUCGGUGGAUUUCAGGCACAGAUUUGAAAGCAUCCGCACCGCUGAUCUACGCGCAUUAUGARAAGCRGAGGUUAGCUCAGGAAGCUUCACGACCAGCCCCUCCCACCYGGACUGUKGUCCCUCCCUCAGACAGACAGCUUCGCCCUCGCAGAUCAGUGAGCAGUGUGUGCGGAAGUGGUGAUGUUCUUGAAGCUUUGGGAGUAUCUUUGGAAAUUGGUCCGGAGUCGGUAGCAAGAUGCAUCAACGAAGUGGGUGUAGGGUUUAUGUUUGCCCCCAGGUUUCAUCCAGCAAUGAGAGUUGUUGCGCCGGUGCGGAAGGCCCUGAAAGUUCGGACAGUUUUUAAUAUUCUGGGACCUAUGCUGAACCCAUCAAUGGCACCUUACUCGUUAGUUGGUGUGUUCAAUCAAGCACUGGUUGAGUUGAUGGCCAAGUCUCUACAAAGAUUAGACACAAAGAGAGCACUCGUUGUUCACUCACAAGGGCUUGACGAGAUUUCGCCAAUGGGUCCUGCUGACAUUGUACAGGUCACUCCAACCAGUAUUGAGACUUUUCGCUUCGAUCCAGUUGACUAUGGCAUCAAGCGAUGUAGCAUUGAAGAUCUGAAGGGUGGUGACAAGGAGACGAACGCUACCCUCCUGCGAGAAACGUUCGCUGGAAAGACAGGCCCGAUAGCCGAUGCCUUGGUAGAUGUCGCGACCUUCUCUGAAGGCAUUCUAGCGGACAUGAACUCUACGGGUCUAUACCCAUUGCCAUCGUCUUGCUGUAACACUGUGCCUAUGCCGUACUGGCUAGCAUCCGAAGUAACGACAAAAGGCAAAGACGGAUCGGCGACCUUAAGGACCGGGUACUCUAUCAACGCCUGCUUUAGCUUCUUCAUGGCAGACGUGCAGUCCUUGUCCCACUUCCAGAUUGUCUCUUUUCUUAGCAAUCUGCGAAGGGGCGCAGCGAUGGUGGAGAAGUUCCUCACGAACUUCCUGUAGUAAUUUGCUAAGCCCAAGAAUGAGCGCAACUCUGUUAGCGUACGUGGCGCGGGCCAAUCUCUAAUCGUUGACCCUUGCUAUCUUCUGGCUUAACGCCGUCUCCGUCUAAGACGUGGCCUAGAUACAAAACUUGGGUUUUCGCCCAAUCGCACUUCUUCGCAUUGAUCUUGAAGUUAGCUUCUCUCAGCUUCUCCAAGACCUGCCUGAGAUGACCCUGAUGCUCGUCGAGGGUCUUACUAAACACUAGAAUGUCAUCUAGGUACACUACAACAAAUCUAUCUAACCAUGGCCUAAACAAAUCGUUCAUACAACG